ACAGUUCGCUCACCGGAUUUUCGCCACCGAACGGUUCGAAAUUGUAGGAAAGCCAGAGGCAACAACUGAAAUCGCUGAACACCAAUUAAUGGACGGCAAGAGGCAACUUUCAAUUGAGUUUCGUGUCGCAGUCGUUGUGGCUGCCACAUAUUGCUUUUGAUAUAUUUUGCGGCGGUGUUUGUGUCUGUGUCCGUGUGACUCUGCAAUAUGGCCAAGUGUUUUGUGCUGAAAAAUGUUAACCAAGCUUAAUCCCUUCUGUUGUGUUUGUGGCUUAAAAGGAAGAGUAUAAAAAGCUAAAUAUCAAAGUUCCCAUAGCCCAAGUCCCUUGACAACUGGGCAGAGAUGAGUGGUCUGGGUCCGGCAGCCUGUUGGCUGGCCCACAAGCGCAUCGAGUCCUGGUCGCGGAUGGCCAAGGAGCGAGUGGGAGCGGUGCGGCGCGUUACUCUCGAUCGGAAUUCGGCGGACGAGGGGACACCGAGUGGGAGUGGUGCCUCCACCACGGCCGGGGGCAACGGUGGUGUUUCGGUGGUGCACAUCCUGCCGAUGGGCGAGGGCUCCACCACCCCGCCGCCGCAGCCCAUGACCCCGCCGCCGUCGGCCUCCUCGGUCACAUCGACCACCAGCGGAAUUGGCAGCGUUUCGGCCGGUAGUGUCAGCGAUAGCUGUGAUUUGCCCACGGACUCGGAGGAGGUUGCCAUUGCCAAGGAAUGCCAGCCCAUCCAGCCGGCCAGCCAGCUGCAUGGAAUGCACGGCGGCAUGGGGCUGAACCAUCACCACAUGGGCACCGUUUCGGCCACCGGCACGGACAUCUUGCGCGGACCAGCCGAAGUGUUCCACAGUCCGCUGCACUUGCACCACCAGAGCCGCUCCUUUCCGCCGCGCCUCCAGCGCACGCCGUCCAUCUCCAGCCAGAGCAGCGUGGACAGCGCCCCAUCCAGGCAUUCGGGUCAUCGAGGCUCGUCACCACAGAUAAGGACUUUCGGACCGGACGGACGCAGCUCGCUGCCCAGUGAGCCUGGAUUUCCGCACCACUUGGCCAGGUCACCCAGUCCCAUGCGAACCAUUUCCUUGGACGCUCGCUGCGGCAGUCCCGCCCACUCGGCGGAUCCUGGCGACCUGAGGACGCCCAGUCCUUCGCAGAGCAGCCUGGCAUCCUUGGCCGGAGCAUCGGGCAUGGGAGGCGGCAGUUCGGGCAAGGGCGUGGCUGGAGGUCGUUGCCUUUCGCCGCUGCUGAUACCGCCCAGAUCCCAGCCCGGCGUGGAUCCCGCCAUGGGUCCCGCCUCGCCACUGGGAGCCCUUCAGCCGGAUCUCUAUCGGAUGCCGGACGGACCCGUUUACCUGACAGCUCCGGAAUCCAGUCACGCCGUGGGUCGUUUGCAUCUGCGCGUCAAGUACGACUACCACCUGUUCGACCUGACGGUUCAUCUGAUUGAAGCUCACAAUCUCAGUCCCAUAGAAGAGGGUGGAUUCCGGGAUCCGUAUGUGCGCCUGAUGCUGCAACCAGAAGUGGACAGCCGCAAGCGGCAGACCCACAUUCACAGGGGCGAGUCCAAUCCCUACUUCGACCAGCACUUCAAGUUCCCGGUUUCCCGGGAUCAGCUGCAAGGCAAGGAGCUGAUCCUGCAGGUGCUCGACUACGAUCGCUAUUCGCACAACGACAUCAUCGGCGAGGUGCGCAUCUCUGUGGAUGGCCUAGAUCUCUCCAAGUCAGUGGAGAUCUGGGGAGACUUGCUGCGCACCAAGAAGCCCAAGGAGGAUCGACCGGAGCUGCUGUGCUCCUUGAACUACUUGCCGCAGGCCGAGCGAUUGACGGUCGUCAUCAUGAAGGCUAGAAAUUUGGAUACUCUCCAGGAACCAUAUGUCAAGAUUUACCUGAUUCAAAAUGGCAAGCGCAUCAAGAAGAAGAAGACGAGCAUUACGAAGUCCGACGAUCCCACCAAUCCCAUUUGGAACGAGGCGUUCACGUUUAAUUUGCAAUCAAAUUAUCUCCACAACGCAGCCAUCGAGAUCUAUGUGGUGGGUGCUGGGAGCGAGGCCACGGAAAUCGGAUGCUGCGGACUGGGGCCACAGGAAAGUGGAACUGGAUGCCAGCACUGGCACGACAUGAUUAACAAUGCCCGAAAGCCCACGGCCAUGUGGCACUACAUCCGCUAGGGCCAUGCAUAAUCAGUUAUGGAUUAUGAAUUAUGAAUUACGAGCUAUGAUUUCUCCAAAACACAUUCAAUUGCUCCCCCCAUUGCGUCUAUAUAGGUGUACUACUAACGUAACCGUGUCUGUGUGAAUUUCCAAUUGCAUUUUUGGAGGUGGUUCGCCGCCCCCCCGAAGCUUAUAAUGUUCUACGAAAUCAAAAUCUCAUCUAUAUAUACCUAUAUAUAUAUAUAUGAUUGUAUGUAUAUGAAUGUACAAUACAUAUAUGCAGCUAACUAGCCCUCCAAGAAGCUCAAUCAAAAGUUCCUAAGCAACGACAGAAUCUUCGAAAGAAUACCCACGAAUUAUGAGUGUUUGUGGGUAAUUGUUUAUGGGUUGAACGGUUUGAUUCUGGUUUUUGUUCUCGCUGUGCAUUUUGUGCAACCUCUUGGGAAAACAGCGCACAUACACAAAUCGCAAAGAAGAAAACCGGUACCGUACGGAUACAAUAGGAAAUCGUAAAUCGGUAAUCGCACAUCCAAAACUGUCAGCCAGACUUGUUGACAUUUCCAUCGACUUCAGCAGACACUUGAGGAGCCUGCCGCCUCCUUUUCCAUCCUUCUCCGCUCAAGGAAGGCAUUCAAGUGUGCAUUUCUUAAAUAAUUAUGAAUACACCGCACCGGGAAUAUAAAUAAUAAUAAUAAUAAUUCGUAUAUAGGUGAAUGGUCGUCAAUCAUGCAGGAAGCCAAAACUCGAGGCAGGACUCGCCCUUUUGUGCCGGCGACAGUUGACAAAUUGCCAUCGUCGUCGUCAUCCUGUUGUCCUUUUGCCAUUCGAUCCUGUAUGCGUUUGUCGUUUUGUCGCUUUGUCGUCGACUGUUUGACAGCUUAGCCCGCAGAAUACAAAAAAAAAAGCGACGAGUGCGAGAAGUGAAAAGAACUUAUGCUAAUUGUUAAGUUAAAUACAUUUAUUCCUUCCAGCCGAGUACGUCUAUCACAAGGAACACCAAGGAGCAUUUCUCGAGCACUUGAACCUAUUUUAUAUGUACUUACAACGAGCAUUCCGAGGCAUAUGAAGUAUAAGAAAUUUUUGAAAGGAGAAUGCAUUAGGGUUGGCCAAUUUCUUUUUCACGUAAAGCUAUGAGUGUAUUUUCGGUGUUGUCGUAUGAACUAUGGGAAGUCCGACCUUAUAAUGUGUGUAAAAUAUGCUACUUAAUCCCAGUAAAUAUUGCAGAAUACAAACUGAAUGUGUGUAAUUUAAACUUAAACAAAGACUUGAAAAAUACAUAGCACUGCACGUGUUAACUAGACAAAAAGUACAUACUCUAAGGAGCCAAGCAUAUAAAUAUAAUGAAAUAUAUGUACACUAUACUUGUACAAGUUUUUCUAAACAAAUUCUUCUACACAAUCGUUUCAAUUUGUCCGGGAGCAGACAAAACACAAGAACAGCUUUGCUGAAAUCAAUAAUAUAAACCAAAACAACAGAACAACAACAGGAUAUAUGCUGAAAAACCUCCGAUUUAAGCAGAAGAUACUUUAAAACAUAUACGAGAACGUGAAUAAUGCACUCGGAAUGAUAAGAAAAUGAUAAGACAUCCAAGAAUGCAACACAUGAAAGCGAAGCGAAAUGUACAAAUUCAGCAUAUACAUACAAAUAUGUUUCCUACAAAUAAUGUUUAUUUAUUGUAGCCUAAUGGGGACACUGUUGAAAACUAAACCAUAAAUGAGGGUUAACACCACCUAAAAUAUAAAUAUAUACACAUACAAACUACAAG